AUGUCCUUCAAGUGCCAGCGCUGUAAGCAGCCCUUAAGGAUUGACGAUUCACUUCUUAACAUGGAUCAAGCAUCUGCAGACAUGUUACUUGCUCCUUUAAUAGCGGAAGAAGAGCAUGAAGUCGAAAUGCAUAAACAAUUCAAAACAACUACUAAAAAGCAACACCACCUUUCACCUUUACAUAACCGACGUAUUAUUGGUAUAAAACCAACUAUAUCUACGUACAGCCAGCAACAACAACAGCAACUCCAGGAUAAUAGAUACCACCAUAGUUCGAGCAAAGGCCAUAGUAACAUAGAAGAUAAAACGGCCUCCCACCUUUCAGCACCAUCAGAAUCUUUUGUAGUAUUACCUCGGCAAGCGGUUUACCCUACUAGUUCCACCGCACCUAUUUCCUCUUCCUCCCGUUCGUCUUCAUCUAAAGCGCUUCAGAAUCAACUUGUCCAGCAAUCCACUACUACUACUCAAAACCAGACUAUUUCAGAUGCAAUCAUAAGAAAUAAUACCACUGCUCGUAUUACUAAUAACAGUGGCAACCCGAAUAAUAUUGCUGCACCCGCAAUCAUUGUAGGCACACCCACAACGAGUACAACUCUAACUGCUGCAACUGCUGAAAACACAAAGAACAACAAUACCUUAUUUCAUCGACUGAAAGUUACUAACCGAAUGUUCGAACUUAUGUCUUCAAAAUCCAGUAUUGAACAUCCUUUAUGCCAAGAAUGUACCGACCUAUUACUCGAAACUCUAGAAAAGCAAAUGUCAGACGCUAGUAAGGAACGUGAUUGCUACAUUGAAUUCUUAAAGAGGGUCAAAGAAAGCCGUAUCACGUCCGAGGAGGAAGAGGAGUUGUGCAAGCAAGUGGAAGAAUUGAAGCUGGCCGAAGAAGAAGCGUCCAUUGAGUUACUCAAGCUUCAGGAAGAAGAAGCAGCGUUAGACUUACAGUUGGCAGCAUUAAAUGAACAAAUGGCAUCAUUGAAUCAGAGGGAAGAAGAGUUUUGGGAACAAGCCAAUGAUUAUCAACUUCAACUGCAAGCAUUUCAAUAUGAAAGAGACUCUAUGAACAUUAAAUACGAUCAUGACGUAAAGCAAUACGAAAGAUUACAGAAGACAGUCGUAUAUAAUGAUGCUUUUUGUAUAAGCCAUGAUGGUCCGUUUGGUACGAUUAAUGGACUCAGAUUGGGUAGAGCAGGAACACAUGUGGUGGAUUGGAGUGAAAUAAAUGCAGCCUGGGGGCAGACUCUUCUCUUACUUUAUACAGUAGCUAAUAAGUUGAGAUUUCAAUUUAAAACAUAUCGACUGGUACCAAUGGGAUCGUUCUCAAGAGUAGAGAAAAUAGAUGGCGACAGUGUUGUAUCGUAUGAAUUGUACGGCUCUGGAGACUUUGGUAUCAAUAAAAUGUUCUUUCUGAAUAGGCGGUUCGAUCAUGCUAUGGUGGCUGUACUUAAUUGUUUAAAGCAAUUAACUGAUUAUGCUGAAGAGAAAGAUAAAACUAUUAGGCUACCGUAUCGUAUCAACAAAGAUAAAAUCGGAGAUUUGUCAAUACGUAUACAAUUCAAUCAGGAUGAGCUCUGGACAAAAGCAUUGAAGUAUAUGUUGACAAAUAUGAAGUGGAUAUUGGUCUUUGCAAGUAGAGCCACAAUUUCUGAAGAAACCUCGGUUUUGAAUGCGUCAACGAAGAAAACAUUAGUGUAA